AACGGUCGUCACGUACAACGUCAGCUCGGAAAGUGUUUUGAAAGGAGAUGGCUGGUUAGCUGGUGAGCGAUUGGGAUUACACUACAGCGGAAAACGUUUCCAAUUGGUCAGAUUAUGAAGGGUGAAAGAUCCAGACUGGACUCCCCCCUGUUCGGGUGAUGGCAGAUCGUCUGCAGUCAUAUGACAGUAACUCCAGUGACUCCGAAAACUGGGAUCGAAACGCAACAAGCCGACCUCGCAAACUCUGCAAACAUUUGAGCAGCAGUCAGGCCCGAGCAUCUCGAGUGGAGGCUGAAGAGAGGAAGAUGAGCCUGCAUGGUGCCAGUGGAGGCUCUGACCGCUCACGUGACCGCCGCCGCUCAAGCGAUCGCUCCAGGGACUCCUCGCAUGAGAGAGAGGGCCAGCUCACCCCCUGCAUUCGCAACGUCACCUCACCAACCCGCCAACACAACAGUGAGCGGGAACGAGAUGGGGGACCAUCAUCGAGGCCCAGUAGUCCACGACCUCAAAGAGUCUCCCCCAGUGGCUCGAGCAGCAGUGGGGUGGUGAGCAGUCGCAACAGCAGCCUGUCCAGUACUGAAGGUACCUUCAAGAGUUUGGCAGUUGGAGAAUUGGUUUUCGUCUAUGAGAAUCCGAAGGAUGUAGGAGCAGGUGCCACUGUUGGAAACCGAAACCUAAGGACCUCAGAAAGAGUUACUCUGAUUGUUGACAACACACGCUUUGUAGUAGAUCCUUCAAUCUUCACUGCACAACCUAACACAAUGUUGGGCAGAAUGUUUGGAUCUGGAAGGGAACAUAAUUUCACACGGCCCAACGAGAAGGGGGAGUACGAGGUGGCUGAGGGCAUUAGUUCAACAGUUUUCCGUGCAAUCCUGGAUUACUACAAAUCUGGGAUAAUCCGCUGUCCUGAUGGGAUCUCCAUCCCUGAGUUGCGGGAGGCAUGUGACUAUCUAUGCAUCUCCUUUGACUACAGCACCAUUAAGUGCAGAGACCUUAGUGCCCUGAUGCACGAGCUGUCCAAUGACGGAGCUCGACGACAGUUUGAGUUCUACCUGGAGGAAAUGGUUCUGCCUUUAAUGGUUGCCAGUGCCCAGAGCGGCGAGAGGGAAUGUCAUAUUGUUGUUCUUACUGAUGAUGAUGUGGUUGACUGGGAUGAAGAAUAUCCUCCACAAAUGGGAGAAGAGUAUUCACAGAUCAUCUACAGCACAAAAUUGUACAGAUUUUUCAAGUACAUUGAGAACCGAGAUGUCGCUAAAUCAGUCUUAAAGGAGAGGGGAUUGAAGAAAAUAAGGCUUGGCAUUGAAGGCUACCCAACAUAUAAGGAAAAGGUCAAAAAAAGACCUGGAGGUCGCCCAGAGGUCAUUUACAACUACGUCCAGAGGCCCUUUAUCCGCAUGUCCUGGGAGAAGGAAGAGGGUAAAAGCCGCCACGUGGACUUCCAGUGCGUGAAGUCCAAGUCCAUCACAAACCUGGCUGCAGCAGCAGCAGAUAUUCCCCAGGACCAGCUGGUGGUGAUGCACCCUGGCCCCCAGGUGGAUGAACUUGACAUCCUCCCUAAUCACCCCCCCAGUGGGAAUCACUACAGCAACAACUACAGCAAUGAGCCUGACCCUGAUGCACCUUCACCUGCUGUGUGAGGACAUGAAGGUCCUCUUUCAAUGCCUCUGCCCCUCUCCUCCUCCUCUAGUCCUCCUCCCAGCAUGCUGCAGCAUGGAGCGCCAGGGGCACCAUAACCAUAUUGCCUUGACACCUCCUUUGCAGCCUUAGAGCCUCAAGAACCUGGGUGACUGUGGAGAAAGAAUGAUGAAGGACAUGAAGGACUGGUUAAAGAAAAAGUUCACUGUUACUUUCAUUUUGUUUUUUACUUGACCAAAGGAAUUUAUUUUUCUGUUUGGGGGGGGGGAAAUUAGUAAAACACUUAUUAACAUUAUUAUUUACAAUGUUAUUGUACCUUAAUUUGACAGGUUUGGCGGAGCACUUUUGUGGUGUCACUGUUUUCUCACAGUUUUUAUUUCGAAGAUAAGUUUGAUUUCGAUUCUCUUCGGUGGCCUAACUACUAAAGGGGGGAAGAAUACGAGACUUAUUAGGAGAUAACUUUCUGAUGAUGGAGAAAAUCUGCUAUCAUCACUUAGUGUCAUGAUCUCCAGUUGAGCUCCUCAGAUGUCUUUGAAUCUUGUAAUUGGCUAUGUAUUCAUUGGCUGGAUCUGAAAUGUGACGUUAUGCUCCUCCCACAGCCGUGAUAUUAAGCAGAGCACAGGCUGUUGUGAUCUGAAUCUUAUUUUGCAAAGCUUGAAAUUGUUGUUUAAAAAUAAAAGUUAAAAUCAUGAAAUAAAGACAUCAACAUAA